AUGAACGACUUAUUAUACCAGAACAAGUCCACUUUGGGUGCCGCCCAACAGGACCGCUACAUCAUUACAUACAACCUAUAUGACACGGAAGAAAUCCCAUCAGAUAUAAAACUAGAUCCAUUAUAUCUUCGAAUCAAAAAUAUCGAGCCCAUUUCGUACCGUGCUGCCUACCUAAUGGGUCCUUUCAUCCUAUAUUGUGACGUUCGCUUGGAGACGUACCACCAUUCGCAACGGAUAUAUUCCACGUGUGAUCAACCACAAUUUGAAUCCAACUUACUGCCGUCUCAAGAUGCCAUUUGGUCAUUAUCUCUGCAUCAGAUCCAGAAAAGGUAUGUCUGGAUUGUGGAUGUCGUGUCGCAGAUCUUGUUCACUACAAAUACGGAUAUUACAUAUGAAAUAUCUAUGGGGUAUACGAAGGAGUCCCUACAUCAUAGUAUUAAUAAUGAGAGAUUGGGUUCUGAUAGACUAGUAGUGACUAAAUUGAAUACAUUAGACCUUUGGAAGUUACCUGUACAGUUGGCUCCGUCCGAUAGAAGGAGACGGAGGAAACAUUUGGUCAUCUUGACCCAUGGGUUACAUUCGAACCUUACGGUCGAUAUGGAAUACAUUAUGGAACAAAUAUAUAAGUCACAGGACAACUAUCCCAAUGAACAAAUUGUGGUAGAUGGUUAUCCUGGGAAUAUAUGUCAAACAGAAAGAGGUGUAAAAUAUUUGGGUGAAAGGUUGGCAAAAUAUAUAGUAAAUGAGCUUUAUGAUGCUUCCAUUGUGAAGAUAUCAUUUAUUGGACAUUCAUUGGGUGGAUUGGUGCAAACGUUUGCCAUUGCAUACAUUAAUGUGAAAUAUCCAUGGUUUUUCCAAAAAGUACAGCCUAUUAAUUUCAUCGCUAUGGCUUCACCAUUAUUGGGGAUAGUCACUGAUAAUCCAGCAUAUGUGAAAUUGCUAUUAUCAUUUGGUGUGAUAGGUAAAACAGGUCAAGAUUUGGGUCUUGAUAGAGUCUCAGAGACGGAUAGACCAUUAUUAUAUUUAUUACCAGGGGAACCGACAAGAUCCGUUUUACUUAAAUUUAAAAGAAGAACGUUAUAUGCUAACGCAAUUAAUGAUGGUAUUGUCCCCUUGUACACAGCAUCUCUCUUAUUCCUGGACUAUGACGACAUACUGGAACAAUUGCAUAAGAAUGAAGAUGAAGAACUAGCAAAGGAUGAACAAAACGUCACCAUCCCAGAAAACACCGCUUCAUUUAAUAAAAAUUUUAUUUCACCAUUGACAAAGAUGUUAAGUAUAUGGGCACCUCAGAAAUUUCCCCAGGGACCAGAUUCAAAACUUCCUAAAGUUUCCAUGCUACAGUCAGCUACAUCAAUUUUACUACCUCCAUUACCGGAUCAAGAAUAUUUAUUGAAUCCAAAGGCAAGACACCCCGUAAUCAUUCAUGAUAAAACAUAUACUCAGGAGGAUUUACCGAAAGGUGAUACCGAGUUAGAGGAUACUUUCUUCAAUAGUGAAAAUAUGUUAUUACAAGCAUUUACAGAUAUCAAAGCAGGAAGGAAAAGAUAUCAAAAAUUGGAGGAAUCCAUUGCAAGAAGAUGGCACGAAGGUAUGUCGUGGAGAAAAGUCGUUGUUGCCUUGAAACCAGAUGCACAUAAUAAUAUCAUUGUAAGGAGAAGAUUUGCAAAUGCUUAUGGUUGGAAUGUAAUAGAUCAUUUGAUAGGGGUUCAUUUCAACGGGGAUGAUAGACUUGAGGAGGAACAAACAAAAGCCGGUUUAGAGGCCCCAUUGCCAAACGAUCAGUCUUCUGUCAUUGAGCCAAUUGAUGAAUAUGCAUGGGUAACAAAAGCAGAAAGCGAAAGCUUAUUUGAUGAAGGGCCCACAGGCAUGAUAUCUACAAUGGGUGAAAUGCUGGAAACUUUUACCAAGACACAUUUGGCAACAAUUUCCAAUAAGAACAGUAGUGAAUAUAUCACCGCGACUCAUAAAGGAAAUAAAAAUUCUUUUGUCGCCGACGAUGAUGACGACACUGCUGAUGAUAAUAUGGAAUUACCUGAAAUUGUGGAUUCUACUGGUAAUACAUUAUUUUGA